UGAAUCACAAGAUCGACAACGUUCGACGAGUAAAGAUCACAGUGCAGAUCAAAGUCAAAAAAUAAUACAAAUAUCAGCGAACUCUCAACGCUAAACACAAAAUUUUGAUGUAAAAGAAGAAACACAAAAAAAAAAACUUGUGAACUUUUUAGUUUUUUUUUCGUCGUGAAGAAAAUAUCUCAUUUUGCUCGGUUUCUCAUAAGCAAAACGCAAACAAAACUAAGAACAAUAGACAGGCCGACAAGCAGCCGCUUAAAUUAAUAAACAAUAAAGUUUCGUACAACAAAAGUAUUUAAUGGAAUUUAAGUGUCAGUGACUCGAAAAACUUCCAAAAGAAAAAAAAAACUAUUGACAACAACGGCAGCAAGAAGCAGCAAGCAGCAGCAGCAGCAACUACACACUCAAAAAAAAAAGCUAAAUAUAAACAUACAAACACACGCGCCCUGCUGUAUAAUCAGUCAAUAACAACUGGUGAUAAUAAAAGAACUUACAACAACAGCAACAACACUGACUCGACAUCGACAUCGUCACUGACAAGAGAGAACCAGUAUAAAGUUCAACAUAUUAUACAGAGUAUAUAUGACAACGUAAAGUUGAUUUAAAACAAUACAAAACAAAGGAGCAGCUGAAAUCGUGCUGAAAUCAUUCAAGUAUUUUUGGCUAAUUACACGGCAUACAAAUGGCAGCCUACCUGGAUCCCACUGGCCAAUACUAAAGACCCAAAGACCCCAACGUUUUAACAUUUCUCUGGAGCCUAAGCACAUUUAAUUAAUUCCCACACAAUGGCAGCCUAUCUGGACCCCACUGGCCAAUACUAAGCAAGCAAUCGUUGCUCUAUUCAUCAAAUUUCACAAAAUUUGUCAUACUUCGAAACAAGAAAAGUCUCAAAAUGUCGCUCGCUUUGGAUCCCACUGGCACCUACUAAGGCACCACCCACCAAGUGUAUAGCAAAAGUCAACAGCAGCCAACAAAGGCAGCCAAAUUCAUUAACCAAAUUCAAGAAGCAACAACACAAAAACAAAAAAUAUAUCAACAUGCUCGAUCUCGAUCCAACGGGCACCUAUCGUCGUCCACGUGACACGCGUGACACGCGCGACAAGCAGAGGCUGGCACUGGAUCCUACCGGACAGUACUAGGUAAAA